GACCCACCCGUCCUCGCACAGUCAUCCCAGUCUCGGAGACUGAUUUGGGGUGCGUCCCUGACGCCCUGAAUCCCGAUCCCGCUGGGUGGCCAGCGCUACCCAUCUCACCUGCAACUCUGCGAUGCGGCGCUCAGAGAAGGACGCUCAGCCUGGUUACCACAGAAACGAAGUUACAACUGCGUCACGAUGCGUGCGGGAAGUCAAAGGUCAUACCAGCUAGUUCCGCUUCCUGUUCCGGGAUCCCGGUUGUUGUCGGAACGCUUUGGGGUUCCGGCCAGCUUCGGGCCUAUUUUGGGUGUCCAGGUUGGCCUGAGGUCUGCUGCUGCAGCCAUGGCGGCCUCCACCGCAGCCGGGAAACAGAGGAUUCCCAAAGUGGCCAAGGUGAAAAACAAAGCCCCGGCUGAGGUACAGAUAACUGCCGAACAACUCUUAAGAGAAGCUAAAGAAAGAGAACUUGAACUUCUUCCGCCUCCACCUCAACAGAAGAUCACAGAUGAAGAAGAGUUAAAUGAUUACAAACUAAGGAAAAGGAAGACUUUUGAAGAUAACAUAAGAAAAAACAGAACUGUGAUUAGUAACUGGAUAAAAUAUGCACAAUGGGAAGAGAGUCUAAAGGAGAUUCAAAGGGCUCGAUCCAUAUACGAACGUGCUUUAGAUGUAGACUACCGAAAUAUUACACUCUGGCUGAAAUACGCAGAAAUGGAAAUGAAGAAUCGCCAGGUCAACCAUGCCCGAAAUAUCUGGGACCGGGCCAUAACAACUCUGCCUCGAGUCAACCAGUUCUGGUACAAGUACACGUACAUGGAAGAGAUGUUGGGGAACAUUGCUGGCGCCCGGCAGGUGUUUGAGCGCUGGAUGGAGUGGCAGCCUGAGGAGCAAGCCUGGCACUCCUACAUCAACUUUGAGCUACGAUACAAAGAGGUGGAUCGGGCCCGCACCAUUUACGAGCGAUUUGUUCUCGUGCACCCUGAUGUUAAGAAUUGGAUCAAGUAUGCCCGCUUUGAAGAAAAACAUGGUUAUUUUGCCCAUGCACGGAAGGUGUACGAGAGAGCCGUUGAAUUCUUUGGAGAUGAACAUAUGGAUGAACACCUUUAUGUUGCCUUUGCCAAAUUUGAAGAAAAUCAGAAGGAAUUUGAAAGGGUACGGGUCAUCUACAAGUAUGCCCUGGAUAGGAUUUCAAAGCAGGAGGCCCAAGAACUCUUUAAAAAUUAUACCAUCUUCGAGAAGAAAUUUGGUGAUAGGCGGGGUAUUGAAGACAUCAUUGUGAGCAAACGAAGAUUCCAGUAUGAGGAAGAGGUGAAGGCUAAUCCACACAAUUAUGAUGCGUGGUUUGACUACUUGCGCUUGGUGGAAAGUGAUGCCGAAGCAGAAACUGUUCGAGAAGUGUAUGAAAGAGCCAUUGCCAAUGUGCCACCCAUUCAAGAGAAGCGGCACUGGAAGCGCUACAUCUAUCUGUGGGUCAACUAUGCGCUCUAUGAGGAAUUGGAGGCAAAGGAUCCCGAGAGGACGAGACAGGUAUAUCAAGCUUCUUUGGAAUUAAUCCCUCAUAAAAAGUUCACAUUUGCCAAGAUGUGGUUACUAUACGCACAAUUUGAAAUAAGACAGAAAAAUUUACCAUUUGCCAGAAGAGCUUUGGGAACUUCCAUAGGCAAAUGCCCAAAGAACAAGUUAUUUAAAGGUUACAUAGAAUUGGAGCUGCAGCUUCGAGAAUUUGACAGAUGCCGGAAGCUUUAUGAGAAGUUCUUGGAAUUUGGACCUGAAAAUUGUACCUCUUGGAUUAAGUUUGCAGAGUUAGAGACAAUCCUUGGUGAUAUUGAGAGAGCCCGGGCAAUCUAUGAGUUAGCCAUCAGUCAGCCACGCUUAGACAUGCCGGAGGUGCUUUGGAAAUCAUAUAUUGACUUUGAAAUUGAGCAGGAAGAAACUGAGAGAACACGAAAUCUUUACCGACGAUUGCUUCAGCGAACACAGCAUGUCAAGGUAUGGAUCAGCUUUGCCCAGUUUGAGCUGUCUUCAGGGAAAGAAGGAAGUUUGGCUAAAUGCAGACAAAUUUAUGAAGAGGCUAACAAAACCAUGAGAAACUGCGAAGAAAAGGAAGAGAGACUUAUGUUGCUAGAAUCAUGGCGAAGCUUUGAAGAUGAAUUUGGAACAGUAUCAGAUAAGGAGAGAGUAGACAAACUCAUGCCAGAGAAAGUCAAGAAAAGAAGAAAGGUCCAGGCUGAUGAUGGGUCUGAUGCAGGCUGGGAAGAGUACUAUGAUUACAUCUUUCCCGAAGAUGCUGCCAACCAACCCAACCUCAAGCUCCUGGCCAUGGCCAAACUUUGGAAGAAACAGCAACAGGAAAAGGAGGCUGCUGAGCAAGACCCAGAUAAGGACAUUGAUGAGAGUGAAUCCUGAUGUUCUUGUUCAUAUUGAGAAGUGUGUUACUAUUUUUAUAAAUU